AUGAGAUGGCAUGCGGAGCACCAAUCAAAAGAGGGAGAAAUGAAUCAUCCUUCUGAUGCGGCGGAGUGGAGAUAUUUCCAAGAGCUUAACCCUCGGUUUGCGGAAGAACCCCGUAACGUCUAUCUUGGAUUAUGUACCGAUGGGUUCAAUCCAUUUGGCAUGUCUCGUAAUCAUUCACUGUGGCCUGUGAUCUUGACUCCAUAUAAUUUACCCCCUGGUAUGUGCAUGAAUAUGGAGUACUUUUUUCUUACAAUUCUGAAUUCUGGGCCAAAUCAUCCGCGAGCUAGUCUCGAUAUCUUCUUACAACCUCUUAUUGAGGAGUUAAAAGAGUUGUGGUCUACUGUAGUCGAUGCAUAUGAUGUUUCUUUGAAUCAAAACUUUAAUCUAAAAGUUGUGCUGAUGUGGACAAUAAGCGACUUUCCAGCGUAUAGCAUGUUAUCGGGAUGGACCACCCACGGUAAAUUGUCUUGUCCAAUUUGCAUGGAAAGUACAAAGUUGUUUUAUCUACCGAAAGGAAGGAAGACAUGUUGGUUUGACUGUCACCGAAGAUUCCUUCCUCAUAGUCAUCCAUUAAGGAAGAACAAAAAAGAUUUCUUGAAGGGAAGAGACGCUUCUAACGACUAUCCACCGCAGUCUUUAACUGGUGAGCAAGUUUAUUACGAGCGUUUGAAAUGCGUAAAUCCACCAAAAACCAGGGACGUCAGUGGUAACAGUUAUGAAAAGAAGAUGGAAGGCUAUGGAGAGGAACAUAAUUGGCACAAAGAAAGCAUAUUAUGGUCGCUAUCUUACUGGAAAGAUUUCAAUCUCCGACAUAAUAUUGAUGUGAUGCAUACCGAGAAGAAUUUUGUGGACAACAUCUUGUAUACUCUUAUGAGUGUGCAGGGUAAAUCUAAAGACAACAUCAUGUCAAGAUUGGACAUAGAACAAUUUUGUUCUCGACCACAGUUACAUAUUGAUAGGAAGGGUAAAGCUCCAUUCCCAGCAUAUACAUUGACAAAGGAAGCCAAAACAAGUUUAUUUGAAUGUGUCAAGCAUGCGGUGAAAUUUCCAGAUGGGUAUUCGUCAGACUUGGCUAGUUGUGUUGAUCUGGUAAAUGACAAGUUUUCAGGAAUGAAGAGUCAUGAUUGCCAUGUUUUUAUUGAGCGACUACUUCCAUUUAUCUUCGCAGAACUUCUAGACCGAAACGUUCACCUUGCGUUAUCAGGGAUUGGAGCAUUUUUCAAGGACUUAUGCUCGAGAACUUUGCAAAAAAGUCGCGUUCAGAUUCUAAAGCAGAACAUUGUUUUGAUCUUAUGCAACUUAGAAAAGAUCUUUCCACCAUCAUUCUUUGAUAUGAUGGAGCACUUGCCUAUACAUCUUCCUUAUGAAGCAGAAUUGGGAGGCCCUGUACAGUUAACAAGAUUCAACGAAGGUGAAGUCCCUGUGUUUCAUGUCCCUGGAGUACCUAAUAUAUUUACUUACGUCGGUCGUCCAAGUGGGGAAAUGCAUGAAGUAUGGCUUUCAGAGAGAGACUAUCAAUGUGCCCAUGCAUAUGUUUUACGAAAUUGUGACUAUUUUCAACCAAUUGAGAGUAUGUUUGAGGAUUUUCUUUCUACAAAAUAUCCGCGAUUGACCGAAAAAGAACUCUCCACGAAACGAGCUGAAAAAUAUCAUGUGUGGGUGAAAGAUUAUGUUAUAUACUGGAAUGCCACAAAUCCAUUCCCUACUUGGGUUCAAGAGAUAGUGCAUGGACCUUCGUACAAGGUCAAAACUUGGCCAAUGUACUAUACAAGAGCCUAUGUGUUUUAUACGCAGACUCACGGUGCUAGACGGAAGACAUGUAACUAUGGUGUAUGUGUUACUGAUCAGAUCACACUUUUUAAGUGUAAGUGGUAUGAUUCUGUUCUCGGAAGAGGUAUUCGGAAGUGCAAUAGUGGUGUUGUAGACGUGAACACAUCGAGGAAAUACAACAAAUAUGAACCAUUUAUUCUAGAUCAAGUUUGCUAUAUUCCGUAUCCAUACAUAAAGAAACCAAAGCGUGAGUGGCACAGUGUUCUAAAAGUAAAUCCUAGAGGAAACAUUUCAAGAGAAUACGAAAACAACGAACCAGCUCUGUUGCAAACCGAAACUGAUGAUGUUGUAUUGAUAACUACAAUUGAAGAUCUCAUAGUCAACAAUUUGGUAGAAGAAGCUAAUCAAGUAAACCUUGAUUACGAAGUCGGAGAUGCGGAUCCAGAAGAUGAAUUUUUGUGUAAUUUAUCUUCUUCUGAUGAUGAAGAAGAAGAAGACGAAGAUACAUAUGCUUAA